GUCGAUUUCAUUCAGUCGUCAACAAUAUCGAAUUGGGUUGUUUACGGGUAUUCCAGGAUCAUCAAGAACACACACAUGCCUGUGUUCAAAAAACCCAUAGUUUGAAGGUUGGGCGGACAAGGUUGACAUUCAAAUAUUCCGGGAUAAAUACGAAGUGCAGCUUUAGAAUAGAGAGUUAUAGCUGCUGGUAUUUGAAGCGGGCCCUGGUCCAGGUUUCCUCUACACCAAAUGGCAUUUCGAAAUCGAUUUUUUUUAUGCGCUCUACUGCUGCUUGUCACCCUGGUGCAGGCUCAAGCACACUAUCUUCGAAGAAGCUCACCAGGACGUCUGUUACGACGGGAUGUUCUUGGAAACGAGACUGAUGAAACGUCGAUGAACUGCACUGAUCCUGAUCCUGCUGUCUGCGAAAACCAUCAUCAAGAGGAAGAUGUAGAGGAUUGGGACUUCUGGGGUUUCUAUUCGUUAUUACUUUUUCGAGCCCAAACUAUCAAUGUAGCUGCCGCAUGUGUCCUGCUGGCCAUUUUCAUUGGAUAUUUGAUUCCUUUCAAGGGUCGUAAGUUGGGCCCUAUACCCGAACUCCUCUUUACAUGCACUAUAUUCGAUGUGAUGAACAGCGUAUCAGUGCUUGGUAUUAGCAAACUUGAUGGGACUGAAGCUCCCAGUGUCUGCCAAGUUUUGAUGGUUUUCCAGAUUUGGUCUGUUCUCUCAUCUACCUUUUCGGUUGGCUGCAUCUCGUAUAUUUUACACCGCGUCAUGCUCCGGCAAAGUGCGCCUGGCCUGUCGUGGAAACACCGUCUCUGUUUCAAUCUCGGCUCAAUCUUUGCUGGAUUGAUCAUCGCUCUUGUCCCUCUCGGUGGUAAUAUGUAUGAAAAUAACGGGGGAUGCUGGUUUGCGGGCACCGAUUUCAAGAAACAGAUCAGAUGGGAGGUCUUGACAUACUGGGCGUGGAUUUUGGGAACAGUAGUCUACUCUGCUAUUGUUAUCUUCCUCGUCAUCCUCGAUUUGUACCAGAAUGUUCGCCAGUUGACCGAGAAACGUGUAGCGUCAUCUCAGAAAUCUGCGAAAUCCGGAAAAUCCGACAAGUGUGAAACAGAAGACAACGAGUUCAGAGAGGCCCAGAGGGCCGUUGCAAAUGCACAGAAGCUUAACGGAAUUCGAAAGCACUGGAAAUUAAUCUCCAUUGGAAUUCGCAUCAGCCUUCUUCCACUUAUUCUCCUGUUCACCCAAAUUCCGAACGCGGCGGUCGAGAUGUACUAUUUCACACAUGAGACGGACACGGAAAAUAAUACAUUUUACGCACUGGCAGAAUGGAAUGCGGUAACUCAGGUCCAGGGACUAUUGAACUGUCUGGCUUUCUUGUUCUUCGAUAAUAAUCUGAAGAAACAAAGGAAUUGGGUGCAGCGCGUUAUAUUCGGAUGGCGACCCGCUACAUAUGACGGUGGCUCGUCAAGCGGACCUCUUAAAGCUCGACCUGUCAAGCAAAGUCUGUCGGUGGCGCCUCGCAUCAGCGAGCGACCGAAGGCGACGAGCAUAGACGACGUAUAGGUGACAUGAAUUUCGACCCCGUUGAAACGUAGGCAAGUUGCUUUCGGCAGCUACAACAUUUCAUACCUGACAAUCCCCUGUAAUGUACUGCACGGGAGCCUACAAUGUGGUGGAGGACAUCGUUUAUUUUAGUGCUUUCGAUACAGAAUACAUUUCAUUUUUGACGAUCCCCUGUAAUGUACUACACCGG